AUGCCAGAUUUACCUAUACGAUCUGAUUUAUCUUUAUCAUCAUCUAUUUCAACAACACAUAAAAUUCAUUCAUUUACAAAAAAUUCAUUUAGAAAAAUAAAUCUUUCAGGUGGUCCAUUUAAUGUUAAACUUAAUCAAAUAAUAAAUUCAAAUGAUAAUUCUUCAUAUGUUGAUAUUGAAACAGAUGAAACAAUUCAUAGAUUAAUAUUAAUUGAUAUUAUACAAAAUGAUAUUCUUUUUAUUCGUAUGAUUGAAAAUACAAAUAUUAUUAAUAAAACAAAUAUAACAAUAAAUAUUAAUUAUUAUGAAUUAAUUGAACUUAAUAUUGAUGGUAUAAUUAAUAUUCAAUGUUUAAAUAAAAUUCAAACAGAUAAAUUUCGUUUAUAUAAUCGUGCAACUGGUUUUAUUAAAUUAAAAUUAAAUGUUAAUAUUCUUGAUGCUUAUCUUCAUUCAAUUGGUCGUGUUAAAUUAUGUGGACAAGUUAAUUAUCAAGCAACAAUACAAUCAUUAGGUGUUGGAGAUAUUCAAUGUCAAAAUUUAUUUACAACAAAAAUAAAUGUUAUAUCAAGUGGUAUUGGAAAUAUUUAUAUUACAGCUACAGAUGAAAUAAAUAUAACAUUAAGUGGAAUUGGAACAGUUUAUUAUGCUGGACCAUUAAAACAAAAAAUGAAAACUGGUUUAGGAAAUAUAGUACAAAUACAAGACUUUUCAUCAAUGGAAGAUGAAUAA